AUUUUUUAAGACCAUUAUAUUACCUUACAUAUUUAUGUUUCAGGACAGUUUGUAGGAGUAGACCAACCUAAUAGAUGUCAUUAUAAACUGGUUUCUAAAAAAGUUACUCGUAACGAUACUCGUAAUGAUACUCGUAACGAUACUCGUAAAGAUACUCGUACGAAUGGAAGUUUAAGAAGUGGCAGAACUAAGCCAUUUAAUAAAAUAUUAAAACUAGAAAAGAAAAUGAGACCAAACAGACAUUUGGUUGUUCAUUAUUCUCGUAAAACGAAUAAAGAAAAACAGGAUCUAGAUAAGAAAGAUGUUAAAAAACAGGGCAGUGAAAAGAAAAAGUUAAACAAAAUUGCUCGCCACAAAAACAAUAAGGCAAAAUGUAAGACAGGUAGAAAGGGAAAAUCAAAGGUGAACCGUAAACUUCGCAAAAAGAAUAGACAUGCGAAAAGAAACAAGAAAUUAAAACAGAGGCGAAGACGAGGACAGAAGAGAAACAGAGCUAAUCUAUCAAGACAAAACCGUUCAAAGAAUACAAUAAAACGUGGUGGUGUCGUAACUACAACGUUGAAACCAGUGUGCACGUGGCGCUAUAUCUGCAAGGAACCAGGCAACUUGGAUAGCUGUCGGCUACACACCUCGUGCCUAACUGAAAACAGCAACAUCCCCAAAAUUGACAAUGAAUAUCCGGACCACAAAGGGAAAGAAUAUAACCAGAUAGUAACGAAUUUUAGAAAAAUGCUGGGCAUUACAGCAUUGGAUGAGGAAGUUGAAAAAAUAAUUGAACAACAUGUGCUUCUAGUGAAACCAGAAAACAUAAACGGAAUUGAAAAGAUUGAAACCCUUGAACAGUAUUUCAAUAAUAUCAUGAUAGCUCAGCAUCACACAACUCCUGCCUACACAGGCGAUACAACUGAGGAGGAAAAGCGACAUAUAUAUACCUUUCCUAUGGAAGGACAACAGACAACACCACCCGUCGACGUCGUUAAGCCACAAAUUUACACUUUCGAGCCCAUGAGUGAAGACACAAAUUAUGAGGGUGCACUUAAAUCCGGAAACAAUAAAAAAGCUAGACGCACAACUGAAGGAAAAUUAAGAGUAGGGCCAAAAUCUACUCCGCCUACUAGUAGCCUGCUACUAGUAUCAAAGGUGACAAAGAAAAUUCAUUAAAAUAUAUUUUACGAA